AUGUUACUGAUGAUAAUUCCUGUCCGGUUACUAUUGCUAUCAUUAAUAAAGGGAACACUAAGUUCUCAUGAAUCUCAUAGCUGCGUAUUUGAUCCCGCGAAAUUCAACGAUUCGCUACAGAAUGUACCACUUGUAAUAAGUGCCACUGUAUUAAAUGUCACCACUGAUCCCAAGGAUAAUCGCCUGCAGGCUGCGACAGUUAGAGUGAAAAGGAUUUUUAAAGGUAUCAAUAUUAUCAAUAAUAGGAAGAAAAUAGUCAUUCAUGGAUUAGGCAAUGUGCAGAUCUGCCGAAGUGUUCUACAUGAACGGGAUACAAAGGUAAUCCUCUUAAACGAACUUAAUGGAUUGUUUUAUCUUAAUUCAUCCUUGGUUCCCAUUAAUCUGAAUAUUCUCGACCAGCUCAAUGCUCGAUUUCAAGGUUGGGUGCGCAAGAAGCAACGACACAUAAAACGAACAAAAUGUGAAGAAGUACGAUGUCCUUAUGGCGCUAAGUGCCGGCCAAACAGUGGUGAGUGCGAGUGUCGUUCUUUUUGUAAUACAGCUGGUCCAACGGUGUGCGGUACGGAUAGUGUAAGUUAUCUCAGUGAAUGUCACCUCGCCGUACGCUCUUGUCUUGCGCGUUCGGAAUUGAAGUCGGAAAUUAGAGUCAAACAAAUUGGUGCAUGUGAAAAACGUAAUCCCUGCGAAGAUCUGCGAUGUGGACCUGGUGAGCAAUGUGUAAUAUCGGAGAAUGGAAAAGGUUAUAUCUCAGCACAUUGUGUAUGCCCAGAACAGUGUGACAAUUUUGGUGAUAGUGUUGAAUCGUCGCCUGUUUGCUCUAACGACGGAACCGAUUAUCCAUCUUUAUGCCAUCUUCGAGCACAUGCUUGUAAAACGAAACGUAAUGAAAGUGUGAAAUAUUAUGGUAAAUGUGAUCCUUGCAAGGAUUUCAUCUGUUCCGUAGGUACAGUAUGCAAGGUGACAGCCGAUCGGCGUGCUGAAUGUCGUUGUUCACAACAGUGCGCUAUGCAUUCUGAUCCUGUUUGCGCUACUGAUGGAAAUACGUACGAAAAUGAGUGUCUUAUGUCAGUGUCAGCAUGUCGCCAUGAUAAUGAAGUCCUCACUUAUCACAAAGGACGCUGCAAAGAUGACAAUCCAUGUAAAUUGAUCCAUUGCUCAGAAUUGGAGACGUGUCACAUUCAGGAAAAUGGUAAAGCCGUAUGCAGAUGUAUUGAAUAUUGUCCGCCUAUUACGAAGCCUGUUUGCUCAAUCAAUGGGAAGACGUAUGAUAACGAAUGUGUGAUGCUACGUUCCGCAUGCAUGUCAAAGAUGCAUAAUGCAGUACGGCAUGCAGGUCCUUGUGAUUUUGGUGUAUGCGCUGGUUAUGAUGGUUGUCGACCAUUCGAAAUAUGCAUUGACCGAGAUGGGCAUCCAGUAUGCGAAUGCGAAACUUGCGACUCGCAACUCAACGAAGUUUGUGCAUCCGAUGGCAUCACAUAUGCAAAUGAGUGUAAAAUGCGUCUCGAAUCUUGCUUGACUAACAGAUUCAUUUAUCAGAAGUAUAGUGGAGUGUGUGAUGGUUGCAUCAAUGUUCACUGUGAAUUCUAUGCUAUCUGCGUGUCGGAUGAAGCUGGCGGUGGUUCUUGCCAAUGUCCAAAUCAAUGCGCUUAUGAUGAUUCUGGAAUAGUGUGCGCAACAGAUGGUGUCACAUAUCGCUCAGAAUGUCACAUGCGCCAAGCUGCAUGCCAGCAACAAAAAUUCAUAGUCAUUGCUUUUCGGGGUCCUUGUGAUAGUUGUUCGAACAUCGCUUGUCUUGAUGAACAACAAUGUGAUGAAAGCAUUUGCUCUUGUCCAAGCAGCUGUCCGAAUGCUACCGAAAAUAGUAUGGUGUGUGGGGCUGAUGGAAUGCUUUAUCCAUCGAAAUGUCAUUUGAAGAUGGCAAUCUGUCACAGUGGUUCUGAAAUAUCCCUCCAGAAUCUCAACAAUUGUAAACAGGCAUUACGUAAAAUUGAUGAAUGCAGCUGCAACCGCGUUGGAUCUUACAGUAACAUAUGUGAUCAGCAUGGACAAUGUCGAUGCCUUCCAGGUGUUAGUGGGAAGAAAUGCGAUCAUUGCGCAUCAGGCUUCUGGGGACUGCAUCUGAUAGCGAAAGGUGCAUUAGGAUGUCAACCAUGCGGGUGUUCGGUAUUUGGUUCUUCACGCUUUGACUGUGAGCAGUCUUCUGGUCGUUGUCAAUGUAAAUCGGAUUCAUAUGGUAUAAAAUGUGACGCUUGUGAUCCAGAUUCUAUUUUAACUUCAAGUGGCUGUUUGAAAAAAACAGAAUUCCACGCUCCAAAAGACUGCAGUGAACUAAGGUGUCAUCAUGGAGCUGUGUGCGUGAUUACUUCAUCGGGAAUGCCGAUUUGUAAAUGUUCUAAGCAAUGUUCACUGGACCACCUUGGAAUAAUAGCCGAAAUGACUAUUUGUGGAUCCGAUGGUAACACUUAUGAUAAUAUCUGUGAAUUGCAACAGUUUGCAUGCUUACAUCAACUGGAUUUGGUCCCUUCGACACUUGGAAUUUGUUCACAAGAUGGUAAUAAUGAGAUGCAACGCCGUCGAGAACGUAAAUUAGAUACAACACCAAUUUUGGGAAAUCUAUGCGUAGAUGAUACUGACUGUCACGUUUUUAAUACAUAUUGCGGUCAAGUGAAUUUCUUAGAACUGAAGAACUGUAAGUGUAAGGAAGGAUUCUUUCCGUCUAAGGAUAUGACGCAAUGUAUACAAGAAAAGAAUAAUAGUAACACGAAUUCAUGGUUACUGGAUGGAUCUUCUGGAAUGCAAAUUAUAAUUAGGAAAUCGUUGAAUCACCUUUUUUCAAUUCAAAUGCAGGUUCAAACGUACAACACUUCGGGAGUGCUGCUAUACAGUGGUUUGAAUAAAAUGAAUGAUUUCAUCCUUUUGUUAUUGUCAAAUUUUAAACUUAUAUUCAGUUUCUCUCUGAGUAAUGAAAUAUUUGUCAUGGAAUGGAAAUCAUUAUUGGACAUAAAUCGCUCAUACAUAGUUACACUUACUUUCUCGCAUAAUCAAAUUUCUUUGAUUGUUGAUGACUUCGCUCCAGUAGUUUUCAAACUGCCACCUGCGGUCAUCAGUCACCCACUUAAAUUUGAUACACCAGUAUAUCUGGGAUACACACCGGUGCUGCUUCUCCGCUCGCAUUCAAUGCAAACGGCAUUAAACAAUUUUACGGGUUGUUUGUCGAAUAUUUUUAUUAAUGGGCGCGAAAUAUCGACAACAGACAUAAGAUUUUUGGGCGAUAUCGCUCAUUGCUCACAAAAUAUAUGUGUAAAAAGUUGCUUGAAUGGUAAUUCAUGCCUGUUGGAUGCGACAACUGAUGAUAAACCGUUAUGUCAAUGUAUUCAACAUUUUAAUGGCCAACUUUGUGAGCAGCAAAUAUGUAGAAGUAGUGAAAUCUGUGGCGACAAUUCAUCUAAUACCAAGAUGAUGAGUGAAGAACAAUUAAAUAUGAAGUUGAACCACGCAGUUCCAUUGUUUGCUGGUGAUGGUUUUCUAAGCGAGAAGUUAGUGAUGGAUGUGAAAGAAAAGCUAGAAAUAGAAAUAUGGUUAAAAGCAAUGAAUCCAGAUGGCCUGGUAUUUUAUUGGACUAAUUUAGACGCUACCACAAGGCAAUAUACGGACGGCUAUUUUAUAGCAUUAGUGUUGAUCUUUUCAAAGCCCCACUUCUUCUGGAAUUUUGGCUCUGGGAUCAUUUAUAGCAGGUCCACUGCAUCAGUUUUGAACGAUCAAUUCCACUCCAUCCACUUUGAAAAAUAUUUCCGUAGUGGUUCGCUUCAAGUUAAUGAUGAGCAGUCUGAUACCCGGAUUUCUCAGAUUGGCUAUUCACCAAACAGUACAGUGAUUUUCAUCGGCGGUGUUCCAAACAAAACGAUCCUACCAAGCGCGGUACCAGAACUUGGGAUACCAUUUCGAGGUGCAAUACAACGACUGACUAUUAAUGGACAUAGAUUUUCUGAACUUUUCAAGGAAUUUCAACGAACUGGUCGUAUUAUGCAGUAUGAUGAUGUCCCAUGUUCUAAUGUUAAGAGUGGAAAUAGGAACUGUCUACGGAAUCUUAAUAAAUAUGGUUGUCGAUGCCUGAAUGAAUACCAACCACCGGAAUACAUCCAGCAAGAUGAGAAAGCAGGUGCAGAUCCGAACGAUAGCCUCCUACUUGAUGGACGAAACGAAUAUGCUUUAGUUAAAAAGAUGAUUUCAAAGAGACGUUCGAAAAUAUUGACAGACUAUCAGUUUAUGAUCAAAACGAACAAAUCAGAAGGUUUAAUCUGGUGGGAAAGUAAGAGGCAUAUGAUCCGUUCUAAUUAUAUAGCAAUAUUUGUCCUCGCUGGACGACUUGGUUUUGCUAUAAAUUUGGGCAGCAGUCCAAAAGUUAAAGUAAUUGGAUCAAACACAAUUGUAAAUGAUAAUCGGUGGCACAGUGUUGCGCUUUUACGGGAGAAGCGAAAGUCGUUGCUAAUUGUGGACAAUGAAAAAAUAACUUAUAUUUCUCCAUCCCGUACUGCGGAGUUAAUGACUGAUGGAAUUAUUUGGAUUGGUGGGAAAAAGAAAAUACCGCGGAGUUUUCCAGUAAAAAUACCGUACAAAGGGUGUUUACGAAACUUACGAAUCUCGUCACAAGUGAUUAAUAUACGACGGGAAUUUUCAUUAAACAAAACGUAUCGAAGAUGCGAAAAUUAG